UCUCCCUUGGUCUACGAAGUACAUGAUUUUCAGUCAUACACCAUCAAGUCCGAUGAUCCCCAGUUCAUACAGCUAUUUUGAUAUCUCUCAAGGCUUCUUGAUCCCUGGAUGUUGCGCCCCAGAAAUCUCAUCAUCUACUGCCUUUGAUUGCCAGUGCCUUUAACGGGUUUCCCCUCUUCUUCGAACUACUAGCUAGCUAGUCCCGCACAUGCAACUACAGCAUCAUGUGGCUUCGGUCAGAAGCUCAGAGUACCUUAUGAUGCUCGCAAUUGUCAUUAUUUUCCCGGAGUUCCCUGUUGGCUUUGACGAUGGUCCUGGUCAACAUCCUAGCCCUAGCUAUUGCUUAUGGAUGGGCUGUCUUUGCAAGUGAUACCCUUGAUUCUUCCUAUAGUACCGGCUUGAGCAGGUUGGAGAAAAUUGAGAGCAUGUAUGCGUGGGAAGGGUUCGUAUAUGACAUUGAGUCAUGUCGAUCCACGUACGAAAUGACUCAAGAUUUCAACGAGAUGAAGGCACACGGAGCUAGAGUGGUCAUUACCUUCGAGUUUUGUGGAACCGGCGCUGAUGUUGGUUACUACGAUGAUGUUAUUACCGCUGCUGGAAAUGCAGAAAUCAGUAUCAUCCCGCUGGCUUGGACCCUUCCGAUCCAUGCAGUAGGGCAGUCUUAUGGUCCCAACGACACUUUUCUGAUUAAAAGUGUUCCACGGAUCGAAGCUGUUACACAGGCAGUCAUCAACAAUCCAGAACCUGUUCUCGCUAUCGCCAUUGGCGAUGAACCACUGUAUGACGAUGAUGCCGGCUCACCUGCAGCGUUAGCAUCAUACAUCAACCAAGUUCGUCGCAAUCUCAGCAUUGCAGGACUCGACAUCCCGCUUUCAAUAUCGGAUCUAGCGUACGGAUGGCAGAGUUCUGGAAACAUCACACCUGUGGCAGAUGCAGUCGAUUUCUUCAUGGUUAACAAUUUUCCGUAUUUCGCUUUUGACGCAACUACUGGUGGAAAUGCGAGCUCCAGUUGGAAUGAUUUUAUACAAGACAUUGAAUAUUUCCAGAGUAUUGCCAAUGGAAGACCGAUUCUGGUGACUCAGACUGGAUGGCCGACAAACGAAGACGAGUUCGCGCCCAACUCGCCGGAUAUCGUUGCUUCAGUGCCGUCUUCCGAAGGUUACUGGAAUUUACUUGACUCUUUUUGUGAAGACUACUUCAAGAGCAUGAAUAUAGGAUGGAUGUGGCGGAGUUGGGAGGAUGACAUUGACGGCUGGGGAGUAAAGUAUCUCAAUGGAAGUGACAAAUGGCAUUGGAAUGCACGGACAAAAUGCUGAACCUAUACAGGAGAUGUCCUCUAUCCUGAAUUCCGAAUUUCCACAGUUAUUCAAUGAAGUCACAGUGACCCUCGCCUUUACGAGUAACUAUAUUUGCAUGUAUGUUCUUAUAUAUUAGCGCUUUUCAACGCGAACAA